CAUCACCGCUCUAGUGGUCGCCUGCAAAAUACACCGCCUACUGAUAGAUGGGGGUGCCGCGGCAGACAUCCUCUUUCAAAGCACUAUCAACAAAAUGGACAUCGACCCGCCCUUAAUCAAGCGCGCCCAAGGGAACUUGGUCGGCUUCUCUGGAACGAGGGUUCCAGUAAUUGGUGUGGUAACUCUUCCUGUUGUUAUCGGAGACCAAGAACCGCGCGUCUCAAAGCAAGUCGAGUUCACAAUAGUCUACUGCAAAUCGUCCCACAACGGCAUCUUGUGCCGACCCUUCCUAGCAAAAUUCAUGGUCCUUCCAUCCACAUGCCACCAGAAGCUUAAGUUCCCCACUAAGAUGGGAACCGGAGAGGCGCUCGGGACACCAUGGGGAGCCCCAAAGCUAGAAGGAGAGGCCCGGCAAACCAACAUUGUCGACAUAAGGCCAGAGGAACCCUACCCGGAAUCGAUGGAUUCCGAUUUCGAGGUCGCGCUCGACCCAACCGAGCCGACUAGAAAAAUAUGCAUCUCGACUCACGUCCGAGACGACGCGAUUGAGCCGCUGAUAGCGCUACUGAAGGAAUACAAGGAGCUAUUUGCCUGGUGCACAGAAGACAUGCCAGGGGUACCAAGGCAUGUAGCCCAACAUUGCCUCGCAGUCCCGCCUAGCGUGCCUCCGAGGCAACAAGCGCGACGGGGCUUCACUGGCGACAAACUGAAGGCCAUCGAAGAGGAGGUGGCGCGACUGUUGGCGGCAGGGUUGAUCCUCCCGGUCAAACACCCGAAGUGGUUGGCGAACGUGGUCCUGGUGAAAAAGUCUUCAGGGGCUUGGCGGAUGUGCGUCGACUACACAACAAUCAACAAAGUAUGUCCGGGAGACCCCUACCCCUUGCCGCGCAUUGACCAACUGAUCGACGCCACUGCCGACCACGAGACACUGUCUUUCUUGGACAUGUUCUCAGGAUAUCACCAAAUCCCAAUGUCGCGCGAAGAUGAGGAAAAAACGGCGUUCAUGACUCCCUUCAGAAACUUUUGUUUCGUUGGAAUGCCGUUCAGACUGAAGAACGCGGGCGCGACAUACCAAAGGAUGAUCUGUUCAGUGUUCUCACAACAGAGAGGGCGGAACAUCGAGGCCUAUGUGGAUGACCUCAUCGUCAAAACCAAGGCCGUCAACUCGCAUCUGGAGGACCUGCGAGAGACAUUCGAGGCGCUCCGCAAACACAGCCUCCGCUUGAACCCACUGAAGUGUGUUUUUGGAGCAGAAGCAGGGAAGUUUCUUGGGUUCAUGAUAACCAAGCGUGGCAUCGAAGUCGACCCAAAACAAAUCACGGCGGUCCAACAACUACGGGCCCCGAGGAGCGCAUUGGAAAUCCAAUCCCUGAAUGGCAAAAUAGCACCGCUGGGGAGAUUCAUACCAAGGUCAGCCGACAAGUGCGCGCCCUUCUUCAAAACACUCAAGAGCGGCACAAAGUUUGCAUGGACCAAGGAAUGUGAAGCAGCAUUCCAAGAGCUGAAAGCAUAUCUUGUAUCCCCUCCUGUAUUGACAGCUCCCAAGCUUAAUGAAAAGUUAUUCCUUUAUCUGGCCGUGUCGACGAGAGCCGUGAGCGCAGUCCUGAUAUCCAGAAGAAAUGAUAACACCGAACAACCUGUGUAUUAUACUUCGCGUACGCUAGUCAGCGCGGAAACAAGAUACUCUCCAAUAGAGAAAGCUGCCCUGGCAUUGGUAAGCGCGUCGCAGAAGUUGCGUCCCUAUUUCCAAGCGCAGCAGAUCACUGUCCUGACCAACCUCCCUCUAAAGAAAAUCCUAACUUCGAUGGAAGUGUCGGGGCGCAUGGUGAAAUCGGUGGUCGAACUAUCAGAGUACGAUAUCCAAUAUGCGCCGAGACCAGCAAUAAAAGCCCAAAUCCUAGCAGAUUUCAUCGCUGAAGGAGUCACCCUCGAAACAACACCAGAGGGGGUAUGGGAGGUUUAUGUCUACGGAGCGGCAAGUAAACAUGGUGCUGGCGCGGGGGUCGUCGUGCGCACACCCACAGGCGCCGUUCACGAGAUAGCAAUCAGAUUCAGAGCGUUGAAGACGAAUAACGCGUCCGAGUACGAGGCCAUCUUGGCGGGAAUGACCGCCGCCCACGAAUUGGGCGCAAGAACAAUAAGGGUACUCUUCGACUCCUCUCUGGCAGUCAACCAACUGAAUGGAGCCUUUGACGCAAAGGAAGACACCCUAGCGCAUUACAUGGAGCGUGUCAAGCUGCGGGCAGCCACCUUCGAGGUGGUAACUUAUGUGCAAACACCGAGAGAGGAAAAUGUGCACGCCGACGCGCUAUCCAAGCUAGCGACCGCCACCGACUUUGAGACAACUCGUCUCGUGUCGGUACAGAAGGAAGAAGAGGAAAAUCGCCAAGAAGUGGCGAUCAAUACCACCCAACUCAUGAACGGUGACUGGAGAACCCCAAUUGUGCGGUACUUACAAGACGGUACGAUACCGGAGGACGCUAAGGAGGCAUGGACUUUGAGGCAAAAGGCGGCCCGAUGCACACUCAUUGAAGGAGAACUGUACCGAAGGUCGUUCUCGGGUGUCUACCUAAAGUGCAUCGGACAAGAAGAGGCACGCGACAUGGUACGUGACAUACAUGAAGGGUUGUGCGCAAUGCACGCCGGCCCCCACAGUAUGGAGCGCACCAUUUUGUUGCACGGAUACUACUGGCCGCGAAUAAAAAAGGACACGAAUAAAUACGCGGACCAGUGCCACAGGUGCCAAGUCAACGCGCGUCAGCACCAUCUCCCAUCCACCGAGCUCCAAGACAACCUGAGCCCAUGGCCUUUCGCGCAAUGGGGAGUGGAUCUCUUGGGUCCCUUCCCAACAGCAAAAGGGAAGCGCAAAUACAUUAUUGUGGCAAUAGACUACUUCACCAAAUGGAUCGAAGCUGAAGCACUAGCCUCGAUAACGGCGCAACAGGUGACGCGCUUCCUGAAGAACAACAUCUUGUCGCGCUUUGGAGUCCCGAACGCGCUCAUCUUUGACCAUGGGAAGCAGUUUGACUGCGCGGAAGUGAUAGAUUUUUGCGACCAAGUGGGAACCAUUGCAAGGUUCGCAUCGGUAGCUUAUCCCCAAGCCAACGGCCAAGCGGAAUCCGCGAACAAAGUAAUCAUGCACGGCUUGCACACCCGCUUGAACGAUGCCAAAGAUAAUUGGGCUGACGAGCUCAACACAGUGCUAUGGGCGCACCACACCCCAUACAAAGUGGCAACGGGCGAAACCCCUUUCGCCCUUACAUACAGCACCGACGCGGUAAUUCCCAUAGAGACAACAGCCCCAACCUAUCGAAUCACGAGGUACAACGAAGAAACCAACGAUGAAGCGCGUUUGCUGGAGCUGGAGUUGUCACAGGAAAGGCGCGAGUUGGCAGCAAUCAAGCUGGCCGCAAUGAAAGAGCAGGUAGCCAAGUACCACAACGCGAAGCUGGUUCCACACAAGUUGAUCCUCGGAGACCAAGUACUACGGCGGAACUUCCGUCCCGAUCCCAAGCACGGAAAGCUCGCCUCAGUGUGGGAGGGUCCAUACCUAAUCCACGAAGUGAUCGGCGCCAGCACCUUCAAACUUAGCGAGUUGGGGGGCAACAAGAUACAAAGAACGUGGAACGCGCAAAAUCUCAGGAAAUAUCACCAGGCAACUUAAUAUGUAUUUUACUCGCUAUGGCGCUUUGCCGCAAAGGAAUGAAAAGCACUCAGAUCGCGAGAACAAAAAUUUGCAAUAGUCCAGCACUAUUCGCGCCCACUCAGUUCGCAAGAACAAACAUUAGCAAUAGUCCCGCACUAUUCGCGCCCACUCAGUUCGCAAGAACAAACAAUUAGCAAUUGUCCCACACUAUUCGCGCCCACUAAGUUCGCAAGAACAAAAAUAGCGAUAGUGAUGCACUAUUUGCGCCCACUCGAUUCCAAGGAACAAAUAAUAGCGACAGUCAUGA